GGAAUAAAUAUCGAAAAAAUGGCGAAAAUCGAGGAAAAAUCCAUAAAUCUGUCAGAAGAAACCAUCGGAUUUAUUGGAGGCGGAAAUAUGGCACGUGCUAUAGCCGUUCCUCUAAUUAAAAAAGGAUUUGUACAAGCUAAAAACAUUUGGGUAUCUGCUCGCACCGAGAAAACCCUCGAGUUCUGGAAGGAUUUGGGGGUGAACACCACUUUACAUAAUAUCGAGGUUUGCACAAAUUGUCAGACUGUUGUUUUAGCAGUGAAGCCACAAUUUUUGAACGAUGCUCUGCGCACGAUAGAAUUCCCAGCCGCCGACAAUUUGUGGAUUUCGGUAAUCGUAGGGAUAACCAUUGACUCAUUAGUAGAGAGAUUUCUAAGGUACACGCACCAAAAGAAUGUGAGACUUAUCCGGACACUACCAAACACUCCCUUAGCUGUUGGCAAAGGCAUCACCGUUUACAGUUGCUUACCAGAAGUAAUUGAUUCCAGAGACAGUAAACUCGUAGAGGCCAUUUUUUCAAAAAGUGGAGUUGUGGAAAGAAUUGAUGAGAGUAUGAUGAAUGCUGUGAGUGCUUUGUCUGGAUCUGGACCAGCCUACGCAUAUCUCAUGAUAGAAGCCCUAGCUGAUGGGGCUGUAAAAAAUGGAGUUCCUCGGGCCUUGGCUAAUAAACUAGCUGCGCAGAUGUUCGUCGGUGCUGGCGAAAUGGUAUUACAAAUGGGUAAACACCCUGGACAGCUUAAGGAUGAGGUUUGCUCUCCGGGGGGUACAACAAUCGCUGGAGUUCAUGCACUGGAAACUUCUGGAGUGAGGGGUUCACUCAUGAAUGCCAUUGAUGCUGCAGUUCAACGAGCGAAUGAAUUUAAAUCUUGAACAUUUUCACAUUCCACUGUAUUUCUUUCAAAUAGUAUACAUUCAUGAUUUUUUAUUAUCAACACUUUCUUAGUUCUUAGUCGAAAAUGGUAAUUACCAAUUCCAAAAAAUGUAUUUACAAAAGCAGAAUGAAUGUUAUUUUAAAUUCAAUAACUCGUUGAUAUUGAAAAACGU